AUGCCUCCUGAUCGAGUUUUUGGUCUAAUUGAACGUGUUAUUAAAAAAAAUACAACUAUCUGCGAACCAGAAGAGUAUUACAAGAUUAUAGAAGAAUAUUCAGUACUAAAGGUUUUGGGAAAAGACUGGCAUGCUUAUGAUUGGAAAGCGGCUGUUCAGAAUAUUAUCAAACCGCCCGGAACUUGGCAUUUCCAAUUCAAUCCAACAAAAAGGUUUCUGAUAACAAGAGACCAUAGUCAGAAGAUUGCUUUAAUUCAAGAAGAAGCAAACUAUCGCAUAAAUUUAGGAAUGGCUAGAAGUGUCUGUAAAAAAAGCAAAAGAAUAUUGUCCAUCGCACCAAAAAAACUAGUCUCUGGGCGUACUGUUAAUAACGACAAGAAACAAUCCAUUAACCGUUUGUUAACCAAUCAUUAUGGUCCUGAUUGGAAAUCUUUGCAAAAUCUAAUAUUCUAUAAGGAUGCAAUGGAGAACAACAUAAUCCAAACAGGCUCUUCUACAAUGACAGAAGAAUUCAUCUGCGACCAAACCCCUGUGGAUGACACACGUUUUGUUUAA